AUGGAGAUCACAGACAUGAAACACCUCUUUCUAGUCUUCAGCAUUCUGACAGUGACUGUAGUAACAACAAUAACUGUAAAACCAACACCGAUACAAGUAAAAUUAGCCCAGCAGUUCAAUCAGAUGGACAUCAAAACUGUACCAACCUUUUUGGUUUUCCUGAACUCAGAAUAUAAGUCUUGUUUGGGGACCCUGAUCCACAAACAGUGGGUUCUCACUGCAGCCCACUGCUUCUUGCCAUUUCUUGAGAUAAACAUUGCUGCUUCAAAAGAGAGUUUCCAAAACAAGAUUGGAAACUUAAGACCCAUGCUUACUGUCCAACACCCAGAUUUUACCCGGGAUUCUGCUGAGCAUGACCUCAUGCUUAUCAAGCUGAAUCAUCCCCAAAAGUUCAACGAUCAGGUGAAGCUGGUGGUUCUGCCCAAUACCACAGAUGACAGAAGAGGGGAAAAGUGCACAGUCUCUGGCUGGGGCUGGGAAUGGAAGAAUUCCAACACAGAGCCUGAUAUCCAGCUAAACCAGACUGUCUUUUGGUUCUCUAAUGAUGACUGCCAAGAGUCUCCCGUAGGACAAAUUCCUGUUAAAAUCACAGAGAACAUGUUCUGUGCAGGAUCAUCUCUGGAGAACACACACACAUGUAAGGAAUUAGCUGCUGCCCCAAUCCUGUGCCAGAAUCAGCUCCACGGGAUCCUAUCUUGGUCAGCAGGAUGUAUUCUGAGAGGUGAUAUUGGCUACUACACCAGGGUUUCCCACUAUACAGACUGGAUCCACAAAGUCAUCCACAAUAACUGAGCUCUCUCUAGUCCCUCUCCCAGGGGCCUCAGAACUGGGUCUACCAUCUUGACCCUUCCUUUCCCUCGAGCCUCAGAACAAGAUGGGAAUAGCGUCUUUGGCUAUC